GCAUCAGUCAGCUGUUUUUCUAGCAAACAAAUGGUCAGAUCUUCAAAGGAAUUUGUUUUUUUAGCACAAGAACUGAUUUACAUUUCCGUUAUAAUUAAACUAAAAAUAAAAUAGUAUACUGUUUAAAAUGCUUGCUGCUUAGCUAUAUUUGAUGUGUGCUAUCAUACCAUCGGACCAUCGGUAUAUACAACGGGAUUGUGUCUCAUAAUCGGCUGCCCACGUGCUAAAGAGUGAAGAGCAGUGGAGCUGUCGAUUGUGCUUAUAGUUAUGGCAGAAGAAAUCGAUCUUAUUCCCAGCGCUCCCGAUUUGUUGCGUCGACAAGGAGAUAUCUCGCGGAGUUUUCCGAAAACCAACUCUCCACUUCGUGGAGUAGCCGCAGGAGCUAUUACGGGGAUGAUAGAAAUGUCUAUAAAUUUUCCCACCGAUUUUGUCAAAACGCAGCUACAACUGGAUGAGAAGUCUGUGACACGUAGUUCUUGCAGAUACACCGGCCCUAUUGACGUUGUUAGUAAAACUGUUCAAGCCCACGGUGUGCGCGGGUUGUAUCGUGGUCUGAACGUUGCUAUUUGGAAUCCGAAGACAGCGGUACGGUUUGGUGCGUUUGAGCAGCUGAAGAGCCUGCUGGCGGAUGGUAAUGGGAAUUUAUCCCCUCAUGCAUUACUGUUCUGUGGUUUCGCCGCCGGGAUUUGUGAAGCUGUGCUGGCCACAACCCCCACAGAAAGCAUUAAAGUCAAAUUUAUCCAUGAUCAGCAUUCUCCCGUCAGGAGGUAUACUGGACUGUUCCAAGGCAUUCGCCAGAUUAUUCGGGAAUACGGGAUCCGGGGAAUUUACCAGGGUGUCGUUCCUACCGUUAUGAAAUCCAGCACCAGCCAGGGAACGCGAUUCUUUGUUGUGGAGUCUUUGAAAGACUGGCGGAAGCGAUCAACCGGGAAACCCGCCAGUAAACCGCUGAUCGCACUCUUUGGAGCUCUCGGCGGUGCGGCGUCUGUUGUUCUUAAUUCCCCAUUUGAUGCUGUAAAAUCCCGUAUGCAAAGUUUGAAUUCCUGCAAAUAUCGAAAUACCGUGGAUUGUUUUUAUCGGAUGUGGAAACAAGAAGGCUUACUAGUAUUUUAUAGAGGGUGGAACAACGUUUUCAGUGUAUGGAUAUUUUUAACUAUCACGAUGAUAAGAAAUUUUCUACAAACAUUUUCGCCUGAGCGCGUGGACCCUACAGUACUUUCUCCGAUACCUCAGAAGACGUCAGCCAAGGGAUCGCCAUCAAGAAGCCAACUAUUGAAGGACAGAGCCCAGAAAGUGCGCCAGAAUAAACGAGCACAGCAUCACACCAAGGCGCUUGUGGCUGGCACAAUCGCUGGUGUUUUCGAAAUCAGUCUAACGUACCCCAUCGAUUAUGCUAAGAUCCAGAUGCAGUUAGACGCACGUUCUGACAAACCCAGGUUUUGCGGUAUGAUGGACGUGUAUAAGCAAACUUUCCAUGCCCACGGCAUUAAAGGUCUUUAUCGUGGAUGGAAUGUUGCAGUGCUGAGUCCCAAAACGGUGGUCAGGUUUCAGGCGUUUGAAUUUUUCAAGAAAUUGAAUCUGGACUCCACGGGACAUUUAUCGGCUCAUGGAAAACUCCUGUGCGGACUGGCUGCCGGAGCAUUCGAAGCCGCUCUGGCUGUCACACCGAUCGAAUCUGUAAAGGUGAAAUUUAUCCAUGAUUUGAACUUUCCGACCCAGAAGUAUGAAGGAGUGUUCCAAGGAGUUAGGAGAAUUUUAAGAAAGCAAGGUAUACGCGGCAUAUAUGCCGGCUUAGUCCCGACUGUGAUGAAAACUUCGACCAACCAAGCCAUAAGGUUUUUCGUUGUGGAAAGCUUAAAAGACUGGCGCAAACAAGGCAAUCCUAAAGCCAAAGUGAGCAAGCCACUAACAGCUGUUUUUGGAGCCAUCGGUGGUAUUGUAUCCGUAUUCUGCAAUACACCCUUGGAUGUUAUGAAAUCCCGCCUCCAAGGUAUUGAGGCUAAGAAAUACCGGAAUAUUGUACAUUGUGCUUAUUUGAUUGCCAGCAAAGAAGGGUUUUCUGGAUUCUACAAGGGGACGAUGGCUCGCUUAAUGAGGACGCCAUUAGAAACAGCGAUAACAUUCAUGGUCUAUGACCUCGUUAUGGAAAUUCUGCACGAAGUGUGGGAACCCUAAAAGAAUUUCCGCUUUUCGUGUCUAUAUCUCUCUUCUGGUACAAUUUGCUCAAUUUUCUCAAGGAUUUUGUACGGUGUCAGAUGUUUUGUCUAUGUGUCUGAAACAUUUUGUUAUGGCAGCGAUCAAAAAUUUUUUGUUUCCGGGACAGUUGUUUUGAACUCAUUAAUCUCUGUAGAUUGAAUUGCACUUUACUGACUUUAGUGUACGGUAAACGAUACUUUUCUCAUCAGAUCUGACAAUGAGAUGUAAGUAAAUGACUGUAAUAUACUAUACAUAGCCAGAGCCUUUGUUAAUUAAACUUAA